UGGUGAAGCAGUCCGUGGCAAAAUAAUUAUUGCCAACCAUUAGCCAUUAAUUAGAUAAACGAAAACAGCAAAUAAAUGGCAUUAAAACAACCCUAAAAAAUUGGAAAAUAAAAAUAACCAAACGAUUAACCAACAAAACUACAUUUGUAACUACCAAUACGUUCCCUCUUUCUUCCCCAUAUUUAGUUUCUUCCUUCCUCUCCUAUCCUUUCUGUUAGGGUUUCCAUUUUCUCUCAAAAGAAGGAAAAGCAAAACAAAAGAAUUUCUCUCCCUUGCCAUUGCCAUGACAUGCUCAUAACACAAAAAAAAAAGGGAGAAGAAAAGGAAAAGAAAGGAGAAAAAAGAAAAACCCUAAUCACACAAAUAUAUAUAUAUAUAUAGCAUCCCAUGGGAGGCUGCAUUUCAGCACCUCUAAAGGCAGGUCGCAUUAUAUCCAGAAGGUUGCAUUAUGACAACAGAUCGAAACCCUUGGCAGAUAACAGCGCGGCUUCGCAGCCCUGUACUAAUUUCCAAGUUGGGAAUGUGCUUAAAAGUCCUGCAGGAAACAACAUAAGACAGAAAUAUGAGUUUGGCAAGGAAUUAGGCAGAGGAGAAUUUGGGGUGACAUACCGAUGUUUGCAUAAAGAAACAGGCGAAACAUACGCUUGUAAGACGAUUUCGAAGGCGAAAUUGAAGACGGAGAUUGAUGUGGAAGAUGUGAGAAGAGAGGUUGAGAUCAUGAGGCAUUUGCCUAAGCAUCCAAAUAUAGUUAGCUACAAGGAAGCUUAUGAAGAUAAAGAAGUCAUUUAUCUUGUAAUGGAACUUUGUGAGGGAGGGGAACUCUUUGACAGGAUUGUGGCUAAAGGGCAUUACACAGAACGUGCUGCUGCCAUGGUCACUAAGACCAUUUUGGAGAUUGUCAAGGUAUGUCAUAAACAUGGAGUCAUACACAGGGACCUAAAACCUGAAAAUUUCCUGUUCGCAGAUGUGCACGAGAACUCCCAGUUAAAGGCUAUUGACUUCGGCCUCUCCAUUUUCUUUCAACCUGGUCAGAGAUUCAGUGAAAUAGUUGGAAGUCCAUAUUACAUGGCUCCAGAGGUUCUGAGACGAAAUUAUGGACCAGAAGUGGAUGUGUGGAGUGCAGGUGUCAUCCUCUAUAUUCUGCUUUGUGGAGUUCCUCCUUUCUGGGCAGAAACUGAGGAAGGGAUUGCCCAUGCGAUUGUUGGAGGAAAAAUAGAUUUUACAAGGGACCCUUGGCCUAGGGUUUCUGAAGAAGCAAAAGACCUUGUCCAGAACAUGCUUGAUCAAAAUCCUUACAGCCGGUUGACGGUUCAAGAAGUACUUGAACACCCCUGGAUACACAAUGCAAGCGAUGUCCCUAAUGUGAACCUUGGAGAAAAUGUCAGAGCAAGGAUUAAGCAGUUUUCCUUGAUGAAUAAGUUCAAGAAGAGAGUUCUCAGGGUGGUAGCAGACAACUUGACAGAUGAGCAAGUAGAUGGGAUCAAACAGAUGUUCCAUAUGAUGGACACUGACAAUACUGGAGACUUGACAUUUGAAGAACUCAAAUCUGGCCUCCACAAAAUUGGACAUCCUGUUCCUGAUCCUGACGUCCGAACGUUAAUGGAUGCCGCAGACAUUGAUGGAAAUGGAACACUAAGCAUUGAGGAGUUCGUGGCAAUGUCUAUUCAUCUGAUAAAAAUUGGGAAUGACGAGCAUCUCUCCCAAGCUUUCAAAUUCUUCGACAAGAACCAAACAGGAUAUAUCGAGUUCGAGGAAUUGAGAGAUGCAAUGGUACAUGACAACUUAGGACCCAACUGUGAGGAGGUCAUCAAAGACAUCAUGUCUGAUGUCGAUCUUGACAAGGAUGGUCGAAUCAGUUUUGAUGAAUUCAAGGCAAUGAUGAAAAGUGGCAUGGACUGGAAGAUGGCUUCCCGUCAAUACUCUAGAGCAAUGUUAAACGCUUUGAGCAUGAAAUUGCUCAAAGACGGAUCUAUGCAGCUGAAAACAUAAAAACAUUUUUUCCUGAGGUCAACCUGAGAUUGUAAAAUAUGAUGUUUUGUUUCCUCGAACAACUUGAAAAAGAGAAAAAGAAUGAUACAUAUAACAUACAUAGGCAAUAUCCUGCAACCUUUUAGCUCGUGUAUGGUAGGUUCUCUCUCUUUUUUUUGGAUACUUUUGAUUGUGUUUUGAGAUUACAUUCUCAUCUUUUCAUGACUGAUUAGAGAAAGCUUUUCCAUGAA